AUCCCCUCACCCUGCGCACCCCAGCGCCCUGAGCCCGUGCCUUGCGCCCUGUGCACCAGCACCCCUGCCCAGCGCCCCUGCUCUGCAUCCUCACCCGAGCCCGGCUUGCUGCCUACACCUGCCCUGCACCGCGCCCUACCCCCUAUCACCGAACUAGCCAUCAUCACACCCUCGCACGCCUGCAACCUACCCUGCACCUAGCCGACUCCGCCUCCCUUCUCCUGCACCCGUCGAGCCUACAGCAGCCUACACCCCCCCCUCUGCGCCGCCCUUCUUCUGCAACCAAAUCUCUCUGCGCCGCCCCUCUUCUGCAACCGGAUCCUGCACCCCACGUUGCAGCCAACUGAGCAUGAUGGUAGACCAGCGUCCUUUAGGGUUUCCUUUGAUUUUUGUAUAAAUAGGUGGUUUUAGGAUAGCUAAGCUCUUUGGUUGGGUGGUUCUGGUGUUGACGGCGGAGGAGUCUUUUUGUUUUUCUGGUGUUGCCGGCAGAGAAAAGGAAAAGUUUUCUAUUGAAAGGGGCUCGAUUUUCGUACCGGAGGUUGACGGAGGGCUUGUUUGCUGUGUCUGCUUCUGUCUAUUUAGGUAAACCUUUGAACAGAGGAGUCUUUUUGGGGAGGCAGUGAGGGGAAUGAUCUGGGCUUGAUCUCGUGGGUGGGAUCCGCCAGAUCGGACUUCGAUCUGUUACCCAGAAAACUCCGCCGUGUUUGUUUGUUUUGUCUUCCUGUUUCCGUGACAUGCUUUUGUGAUGUUUACGUUUGUAUAUGUUUACUGAAAAUCAAUGAAAGAUAAAAAAAAAUGUUCAGUUUGUUUUGUGUGAAGAUUGUGUUUCCCUUUCUUUUUUGUUAAUGAAUGUUUUAUGUUAUU